UUCAAGCUUAAUUAAAAUUAUGAAUUUUAACAUUUCAAACAACAUUUAUCAAGAAGGCAAGUAUGUGCGACAGAGUCUUGCAUUUUAUUAGCUUGGCUUACGGAAGUUUUUAAAAUAAAAGUUUUAAUUAAAAAUGAUAAACACCUCAAGAUCAUCAAUUUCAAUCAAAAUUUAGAAUAAAAACUGUAAAAUUUAAAGCUCCAAACCAGGUAGUUUCCAUUCUCACCUCAGUAGUUAUCAUCACGAUGAAGUAUUUUGCGGGAGUAUUUUUACUUGUCACUAUUGCCUUUCCAAGGAACAAUCUUUUGGAUGCUCAGGAACGGAUUGUUGGAGGCGAUGCUGGUUCUAUUGAAAACUCAAACUACCAAGUAUCGAUUCGUGAAUAUAAUGAACAUAUGUGCGGUGGUGCAAUUUUAAAUCAUAAUACUAUUCUAACUGCUGCUCAUUGUACGGAUGGAGUUAGGCCAGGAAUAUUGUCAGUUAGUAAUGGAGCAACAAUUGCAAAUAAUGGAAUUAUACAUAAAGUUGAAAAAAUUAUCCAACAUCCCAAAUUUAAUGCUGAAACAUUUGAAAAUGAUAUAAGUAUACUGAAGAUCAAGCCACCAAUUAAGUACACAAAUUCAAGUGAACCGAUUAAAUUGGGAACGAAACGUUUAAAACCUGGUACAAAUGUUAAAAUUACUGGAUGGGGUAAACAAUCGGAAAAAGAGAAAAAAUCUGUUUUGGGCAGCAAACCUUUGCGAUAUGUUAUUGUUCAAGUUGUUAAUCAAACCAAGUGUGCUAAAGAUUAUGAAGAAUUUGAACCGAAAAUUUAUGAUGGAAAUAUGUGUGCAUCUGCCCCGGGUAAAGAUAGCUGUCAAGGUGAUUCUGGAGGGCCAUUAGUGAGUGGAAUUGGAGAUGCAAGAAGGCUUGUUGGUGUUGUUUCAUUUGGCUUUGGCUGUGCCCAUAAAAAAUAUCCUGGAGUUUAUACAUUUGUACCGUCGUUUUUGGAUUUUAUAAAAAAACAUAUGUAGAAAAUUUGGUUGCAAGAGUGAUUUUUUUUUGAAAAAUGUUUCGAUCUUUUUAGCAUUUUUGUGUUUGAAAAUGUUAUGGUUUCCUACC